CACCAAUCGAGCACAGAAGUGUGUGAUCUCCAGUCAUAUCAGCGGUUACUGUGGAAGAAAGGAGAGGUGGAGAACACUGGCCACUAUCAACGGACAUUGGGACUCGCCGUGAACAAGCGCUUUUUGGGGUGCACUGUAACCCUCUUGAGCAAUGGCAUCAAUAGAUCGAUCAAAGGGAACGUGUUGAGGCUCUGAGAAAUGGAGUCUCUAUUCGGCGGUGAGCUUAGGUUGCUGGGAGGUGGCGAGGGCUUAAAAGAGGACGGCUGUGGCGACGUGGGCUGGUCCUCCUCACCCCUCCCUGAAGACAUGUACUCCGCCUCCCACUUCACACUCAUCACCGCCUACCAGGACAUCAAGACACGGCUGGCGGGCCUGGAGAGAGAGAACAGCGGCAUUAAGAGGAAACUCAAGAUCUACGAGAUCAAGUUCCCAAUGAUCAGUGAGUUUGGGGAGGACAGAAACUCCUACUGCAGCUUUGAGUCCAAGGAGAAUGCCCUGCUGCAGUCAGAGAACGGCAACCUGCAACAGAGAGUCAACGCCCUCACUCACGAGGCCCAGAAGAGGAAGGAGCGCGAGGAGCAGCUGGAGGAUGUGAUUCAGGCCUAUGAGAAAAUCCACAUGGAGAAGAGCAACCUCCAGAGAGACCUGGACAAAAUGACCAGUCUAGUGGAGAAACACGUAGAGCGAAUCCUAGGUCUGGAGUCUGCUCUGAGACAGAGGGACAACUCGCUACAGAAGUUCAACACCCAGCUACACAGCAAGGACAUCCAAUACCUGCAGCUGCACAGCCCAGACAAUCACAUGCUGGACUGUCCUGCGCUGACCCUACAGAACUCUCGUAGUCUAGACACUCUGUCAGACCUGAAGCUGCAGCGUCUGGAGGCGGAGCUAGAGGGGGCGCGGCACCAGGCCCAGGGGGCGUGUCAGAGGGAACAGGAAGUGAAGGCCGAGUGUGAGAGACUGCAGGAGGAGCUGAAACAGAUCCAGAACAACCACAUAGAGAGGGAAAUGACUUCGUCGUGUGAGCAGUGUGAUGUGGAGUGGAUCAAGAAGGUGGGAGAUGAGCAGGUGAAUUUGGCACUAGCCUACACAGAGCUAACUGAGGAGUUGGGACGUCUGCAGAAACUGAGCUCCAAACAGAAAGAGAUCCUGAAGAAGACCUCCCAGGAGCAUCAUAGCCCAGUCCAACGCCAAUCCCACCCCCCAUCUCCCAUUCAUCACCAACGCCACUCCCCUGUGCCCCAGCGCCACUCUCCCAUCCCGCCCCAGCGCCACUCCCCCAUCCCGCCCCAGCACCACUCCCCCAUCCCCCAGCGUCGCUCCCCAGUUCUCCAGCCACAGCGCCUCUCCCCAGACAUGCACCGACGCUCGCCCCUGCUGGAUAUCAAUGAUGGGCCCGCCUCCUACUCCUGCCGGCCAGCCAGCCACCACCUGAGGGCUAGCUUCCAGGGCCGUCGCAGCUACUCCGAGGUCGCAGACCCUUCGGCCUACCAGCGGCCGCCGCGCCUCAGCCUGGACCCCGUGUCCACCCUGCCCAAGCCCCGGCCCUACAGGGACUCCAGCUACUCCAAGCAGCAUCAGCAGCACCAGCAUGGAGGCUCCCAGCAUGGGGGGGUCCCCCCACAGAGGAGGCCAGCUCCGAGGUUCCCACUGCCGCAGUCCUCUGAAGACGAGGAGGAGUGGACCUGCCCGCACCCCAUCAGCCCCCCACGGACGCUGGGCGUGCCCAACAAUGUGUCGCCUCAUGGGGUCAUGAGGGGGCCGGCGUCCUGCUCGCCCUUCCCCAUCCCCUCCAGACCCAACACCCUGACCUGCCACCCGCCAAGUUACCUGCAGACAGAGCACGCCCAGUCCUGGCCCUCCAUCAAUCUGUGGAUGGAGACAGAAGAGAGUGACAUGAGGAGCUGCCCUCUGUGCCAGCUCAUCUUCCCCAUUGGUUACCCUGACGACGCCCUCAUCAAGCACAUCGACUCGCACCUUGAGAACAGCAAGAUCUGAUCGCCAUGGCAGCACUGCACCCUCUUUUUAGUUGCUACUAUUUUUUACUUAUUGUGGAGUUAUUUUAGGUUUUGUUACGUUUUUAAGCUGGCUAGCUUUUGUUUGACAAUACUUGAGGGCUUUUUGUGGGUUUAUUAGCAUGUUUGGAAAAAUAGGUGGUUUAAGAAAUGACAUGGAUGGCGUUGAGGUUCAUGACAGACAAUUUCCUUGACAGAUGCAAGAUCAGGGACAUUCCAGGCAACUUGCAGUCCAUUUGUUUUUAUAUCUCACACUUUACCAGUACUAUUUGCUGUAAAGCGUCCUGCUUUACUUUCCUCUCUACCUAUGUACAGCAAUACAGACCAACACAAUGAAUUCCUGGAAUUAUUUGGGUGACUCUAAUGGAUAGAUCAAGGUCUGUUUUUUCUUCAGGGCUUUACGGUGUGCAGUCAGAGUUAUGUUAUGGAGAGAGGAUGGCUGUGUUAAUUGUGUGCAGAAAUGAAUUUGUCCUGCAGGGCGGGCAUGUAGUUGGUGUGACGACCUCUCUGUAGUGGAGUGGAAGGAACGCAUAGGCAGUUUAUCUUUAGGCUUGUGGCCUGAUCAAAACUCUAUAUGAAUCUUAGCGCCUUAAAUGAACCUAAAUGAGCCUAUAUUAAAGCAUACCCCCCCCCAUAUUUUCCAUUUAAUGUAUAGUUUGAUAUAUCUGUUCAGUAACAAGUAAAACAAAUCUUAAGAUAUAUUUUCUUUUUUUUUUCUCCAAAUGAUAAUGUGUCACAAUGUUGAUGACAUUUCACCCUCACAGGCUUGCACACAGCUGUAUAUAGAUAGUAGGAAAGGAGGACUCCUUAUAUGGAAGAGCGCAUGGAAAAUAUUUGUACAUGAUAACAGUGAUUCAACUGGGAGUCUCUUUAGUCUUCCUGAAGAAACCACCUGAAAACACUUAUAGUGGAACACUAUUUAUCACUUUUGUCCAAAAGAAAACAUUUCUCAAUCCUUACAGUCCAACACUGGCACACUUAGUAUUUUGUAUCUUAUACAUAGAUAUUUCAAAUAUAACCUCCAAAAUUCAGAGUGAGUGUUCGGGGUAAUAUUAUGGAAUCGCUUUUUUUAAUUGAGUCGAAUAUGUUGUACAUAAUUGUUAUCUGACAUUUUGGUGAGACACAGUGGCUGCGUUUACACAUGUCAAAACACACCAAUCAUAGUGUAACAGAUCAGAAUUGGGCUGCCUGUGUAAAUACAGUCAAUGUGAAUGUGUCAAUGUGUAUCCAUCAAUGCAUUUAGGUGGUUGUCAAUUUUGGACAAAAUUAUAUUCAGAAUUCACCAACAUGGCAAGUUGAACAAUGAAAUAACACAAGGGCCAUACAUUGAUUUGAGCAAAUCAGUGGCCUUUUAUAAACCGCAAAUAUUCUAUACUGUUAUGUAUAUUCAUAUAUCACUCUGUGUAAAGCUGUGUACAGACAGGUAUUGUAAGCCUAAUGCAAGUUCUUCUGUGGUCAAUAACUUUAAUCAGGACAUCUGCUAUUAAUAAUCUCUAUUAUCCUGGCUACCAAUUUAAAAUAUACACAGAAAAAUCAUAUUCUGCUAUUAAUCUAUUUUAUAACAUACUGGUUUGAAGUACCGUUCUUGCUAUCUUAUCUUCAAUCAAUUUAACAACCUACAUGACUAAUACAGAAUGCUGUUGAUAAGCAUUUGACAUAUUCUUGGCCCAAUUUGUAAUGUACCAAAGAAGAAAUGUAGAACACCAUAGUUUGGUUACUAUAAGAGCUAUAUAUAUAUAUAUAUAUAGUUUACUAAAUAUUCUAUAGUAGGCCUACAAACGGGUGGAAAAUUAUCAAACUCACCUAUGUAAAAUCCUAUGGUAAUAUGUAAAAAAAAACACAGACACAUUUUUACAUCUCAAAAUGAUUUCACUUUUGGAACUCUGUUCCCACGCAUUCCUGCCCCUGGUAGUACAUCUAUAUUCUCAUUUGAAGCUAACAGUGAUGUAUAUGAUUGUGCAGUUAGAAUAAUGGUAUCAAUUGUUAGCCAGCCCACACAAAGACAACAUUGUCUGUCAUUGGCUGUGUACAGAAUGUCAUGUUGGAUUGUACCUUUUGAUUACUUUGAAUGAAGUACCCUUUCAUAACCAAAGAAGCCUAGAUUAGAUUUAUGUACAGGAAAAACACUUAUCUCUCUUGAUGAUGACCAAGUAUCAAUUAAGCAUAUCAUGUUCACACAGAUAUGAAUGGAGAGAUAAUACACAGAUAUGAAUGGAGACAUGAUACACAGAUAUGAAUGGAGAGAUUACUAAAAUGUCAAUGUAAAUAGGAAUGGAGAGAUGAUAUUGUUUUAAGGAAAGCAUUCAUGACCAAAAUAUGUUGACCAGCAGCUGUAGUACAUAGCAAACACGCCUAUCAGCUCACAAUGUUAAGCAGUCAAAUGUAUAUACAGUAUGUUGUUAGUGCAAUGGCCACACACACACACACACACACACACACACACACACACACACACACACACACACACACACACACACACUGCACAGUCUGACACUCAAACCACUAUCCACAAAGAGGUAAGUUUUGCUGCAAAUCCUCCGGCAAGUUUCAAAUUAGAUCAAACACUGACGUUGACGAAGUCUAUAAACCCUCUUCCUAGCUUUGUGACUUAUCUGAUGAUAACAGUAAACCCUCGCGUGGAAGAACCCUAUCUGCGGCACCCUUGACGACUGACUGAUAAGAGCUCAACAGAUCUUUCUAACAAGCUAAAGGGUCACUAAUGAGGAAGAAGAAUCACUAUGGAGGUAUUUUGUGCACCGCUGGAUUUCAAGGACUUUCAACAACAUGUAUUUAAAAAUUAAAAAUAGUUGCGUAAGGAGUUGUGACUUUUUCUUAAUGUAUCUACAUUUUCUGAAAAAUAAACUGGAACUUGCACUGAAA